AUGCGUCGACUUAACAGCGUGGUCCUUUUUUAUUUCGUUCGUUAUUCUGUGAAUGCUGCUCCUAUCGAGCCGGGGAACAUCCUUGAUCAUCUCGAUCCCUUGAAGAGUGUGGCCAGCGACAUCUUUGGCAUCCCAACCGCAUUGGCUGGCCUGGGAGUUUCGGCAAACACGGUAACGACACCCUCGCCGUCUGCAGCGACAUCCUCAACGAUCUCAGCCGGGAUUCCAGCGCAGUCAGCAGCCAGCGCAGAGAUACCUGCUCUUCAGAGCUCGGUACUAACCACUGGAUCAUCUGUGACGACUACAAGCCAACCACAGAGCAUACCACUAUCGAGAACAGUGACUCAACUGCUUACAGAUGGUGUUGCAACUCCCGGCUCAACUACCGGGUCGUUCGGUACAACAACUACGCAAUCUGUCAAUAAUGAAACCAUAUCGGCCACUUCAAGCAGUACAGCAGCAGUUUCUGUAGUCCCGACAACCACUGGCAGCAGUAGCGCAACGAGUCUGGGUUCGAGUUCCAGUACCGUCUCUGGCUCUGGCUCUGGCUCAUUAGCCAACUCACAAACAUCUGGAGGUCUAUCUCCCGCAAAAAGAGCUGUGACAGUCAUUCUCCCGAUCCUCGCAUUGAUCAUGGUCCUGUUUUUCUUGUGGCGCAAUGGUCCCUCACUGCACAGACGCUACACAAACUGGCGUCAACAGAGGCUCGAACGUCGUGCAUACAGGAAAGCACUGGACGACCCGGUACUUUCAUUUGGAGUCCGCGAGAAGGGUCUAGGGCUCGGCGACGUCGAGCAAAUCAUGCGUCCGCUGUCAUUUGGCUUUCAGAAACCCCAUCGGCAGGGGAUCAGACGGAAAUCCCUGAAUUGGGAUGCCACGUGCGUUGGUGCGGAUGGGAUAUCUGGAAUUGGCAUGGCUGUUCCUUUGGGCGAGCAGAGGAGGACAGAGAGCGAUAGUUCGGAAGGAAGCCACGAUUCGAGGUACGAGGACGCCCGGUUGGAACAGACAUGA